GUUUGGUUUUGGGUUUCGUUCAGCAAACAAGCCACAAAUCGUCCUAAGUUCUUUUGUUCGAUUGAAAUAAUUACUUUAAUUGUUGUCAACUUUAAAUAAAGUAGCUACCAUAUACUAUCGUCCAUCUAGUUGAGUCAGCAUCUAGUGAUACGAUGGCUCACGCUCAACUUCAAGGCCAGGCGCACAGCCAAGGUUAUCGAGAUCCUCGGGUGUCUUUCUUGCUCGUACCGGGUGACGUCUUGGUACAGUGUCCGUACGACAAGGUUCAUUGGGUUUUGGAACCAAAGUUUACUGCACAUCUCAGCAAGUGCCGUCGCAACUUUAUGAACGCUGUGCAAUGUGGGAAAGCAGUCAUGACGCCGGAUAAAGAUUUUGUUGUUUGUCCGUUCCACUUCCAUCAUCAUGUGCCCAGGGCUGAGCUCGAAGAGCACAAGACUUCCUGUCCAAAUAAUCCAGAAACCGAUAAAAUUUUGGAGAAAAUUGCCCAAGGUGAGAAAGAAAAGUUUGACAAUCACUUUUCUUCCUGUGAAGGCAAAAAUGAGGUGAAGCCCGAUUAUCGCGGCACCCUUCCGGGAGGUUUUGGCGAUGCUGGCGCUGGUCCAUAUGGAGAUUCGAAGAAUUCGGCUGCUGGCUUCUGGGGAAAGCAAGACAUAGACAGGCAAGCUAAAGAGUACGACGACGAUGACGACAUUGGAUUUUUAAAGAAAGAGCAGAAAAAGCGCACUCGCUACGUGAAUGGAAGAAAGGUGGAAAUUCCAACCUCGGAGCCAAUGAAUCAGCGCUUAUUGACCGUGGCGCAGAUGAACGAUCCACACCACAAUUGGGAGAUCCCACAGAAAAAGACCCCCAGCGUCACAGCAGUAAAGGAAGAAGAGGGUGAUGAUGACAAAAACCACCGAUUCUUGACGUAUGAUCCUGUGGCAAACAUAGAUAAGAAGAAGGGUUGUAUGAUCACAAACCCACAAGGAUUGACCAAGUCGGAGCGAAAAGCUUAUCGAGACGAUGUGGUCAAGAACAUUUCACAGCAGAUGACGUCUGAGUAUGUUAUUCGUUGCGAGAAAAGAGGAGUUUCGACGGGUCGAUUUAUUAGAUCCCCGUCCGGUGAACUUCGUGAAGUAAAAGAAGAAGCCGAAGAAGAAGAGAGUGAAGAGGAAGAAGAGGAAAGGCCAGUGACACCCAUAACUCGUCGAAUUGGUUGGCGAUAUAAUCCCAGGAGAACUGCCGCACCUGGAUAUGAAUUGCGCUUGGAUAUGCAGUCCUUGCCGGAUGAAGACGACGUUAAGUAAAGUUGGAUCAAAAAAACCAAAAUCGUUGACUAAUCUCUGCUUUAAAUGGAUUAUCCCAAAUCGACCAUAAAAUUCUUUGAGUCUUUUUUACUACUGCUAAAUACUACUAUAAUAUUCUAAACUAUAAUUCAGUAAAAGAUGUAAAAUUAUUUCCAGCUCAUGUCAAGUCAUGAAUCUACACACAUACAUAUAUUUCUUCCUUUGCUAUUAUUAUUUCUCUCUGUUCUUAAACUGCACUAUGAUUACAGUUUUUGUCACUCGUACAUUACGGUGAAAAUAAAAAUGUAUAAAUAAA